UGUUAUACUUAUUUUAUGUUAAGGGGGUUUACCAAGAUUUCUCCUUUUUCCUUGAUUUAGUUAUUAUUUUUAGAAUGUUUUAUUUAGUCGGUUUAGGAUUAGGUGAUGCUAAAGAUAUAACAGUUAAGGGACUAGAAAUAAUAAGAAAAUGUGAUAAAGUUUUGCUUGAGGGUUAUACUUCCAUUCUCACAGUGGGAAAAGAUGCUUUGGAAGAAUUUUAUGGCAGACCAUUACUCAUUGCUGAUCGGGAACUAUGUGAGAGUGGCAUUGAUGACAUAUUACAAGAAGCAAAGCAGAAAGAAAUAGCUUUACUUGUGGUCGGGGAUCCCUUGGGUGCCACUACACAUACUGAUAUGCUGUUACGAGCUAAACAAUUAGGAGUAAAAUCACAGAUUGUACAUAAUGCAUCCAUAAUGAAUGCUGUUAGUUGUUGUGGAUUACAACUAUACAACUUUGGAGAAACUGUUUCAGUUCCAUAUUGGACUAAUACCUGGAAACCAGACAGCUAUUUUGAGAAAAUUUUAAAUAACUAUUCAAGAAAUCUACACACACUAUGUUUAUUGGAUAUCAAAGUGAAAGAACCUACUGAAGAAUCGCUUACGAAAAAAGUUCGCCAGUACAUGGAUCCAAAAUUUAUGUCAGUUAAAGAAGCAGCUGCACAAUUAAUUGAAAUUAUAAAUAAUAAACCAAAUUCAGGAAUAGAUAAAAGCAGCAUUGCCGUUGGGCUAUCACGAGUUGGGGCAAGUGAUCAGCGAAUUAUUGUAAGAUCUUUGGAAGAAAUGCAACACUUUGACCUCGGGCCGCCACUGCACAGUCUAGUCAUUCCUGCGCAUGAAUUGCACCCAUUGGAAACAGAUUAUCUAGCACAAUUCAGAUGAAAUAAAAUUUAAUCUGAUGAACA